ACACGGCACACGGCCACGGCAGAGGUGGGAGGGAGGCUGACAGGCGGCGAGGGCACUGCAGGCUCUGCCUGCCCUGCGUGCGGAAACAUGAGGUCGCUCGCCGUCUUUGCUGUCUGUUAUUUUAUUGUUUUGGGGAGGGGGGGGGACGGACACGGGACGGGACACCCAGUUUAAUUAAGACUUAUUUGCACGGGGGUGGAGGCGGUUGGUUCAACGGUGCCGCUCUCCGCCUGGUCUGCAGCUGGUCUUGUCAGUCUGCGUGCCGUGGUGAGGUUGCACUUUCCCCCCAAAGAUGGCACUGGAUGUCUUUCGCAUUUUCUUGGGAUAUUAUUUUUCAUCCCCCGGGGAGCCCAGCUCCUGGUUGGUGCAGCUGUAAAUCUUUCCCUUUUCACAUCCAUUCACCCUCGGUCUGUUGUGGGUUUGUGUUCAGUGCUUGUGAAGAAGACAGCUUGUUAUGUGGAGUGAAUUAGAAGUGAACGUGUUUGGCUGUUUGGUUUCCUUUUUAUUGGUCUGGUGACCCUAAAGCCUGCACGGGUGACAUUAAAUGUAAAAUGAAAUCUUUGCUGGAUGAGCACAAAGACUUUGUGUCCUGGCAGGAGCUGGCACUUGCCCUUUAUUAGCAGGCAGAGGGAUACCUGCUAGAAGUAACCUGCCCUGCGCUUUCUUGUCUGUCCCUGUGCUUCCACGCCACCAUCCCUUUUUCUCUGAGGUGGGGAACAGCUCCGUGCCGGCUGUAGUCUGGGUAGGCAAGGCAGGCUCUUUCUGGUCAUUACUGGAUGAGUUUUGGAAGUGCUUGAUAGCACUUACUUCUCUUUCAGGAUUUCAGAUGCAUGCCAGGUUCCCACUGAAUGCCAGAAGUAGAGAUCACUACAGAUGGAGCCCCAAAGUCAGCAUGGCAGCGGUGGUUCACUAGUGGUGAUUCAGCAGCCCUCCUUGGACAGCCGGCAACGGUUGGACUAUGAAAGAGAGAGCCAGCCAACGACUAUCUUGUCACUGGACCAGAUCAAGGCGAUCAGGGGCAGCAACGAAUACACCGAAGGUCCAUCUGUGGUGAAAAAAUCUGGUCCGCGGACAGCACCAAGGCAAGAGAAGCAUGAAAGGACUCACGAAAUUAUACCAAUUAAUGUGAAUAAUAACUACGAACACAGACCCAGCCACGUGGGGCACGUGGCUCAUCAGCAUAACGCCAGGGCUCCCGUCUUGAGCAGAUCAACCAGCACAGGGAGCGCGGCCAGCUCUGGGAGCAACAGCAGUGCUUCCUCGGAGCAGGGGCUGCUGGGGCGGUCCCCUCCAUCCCGGCCGGGCUCAGGCCACAGGUCCGACCGGACCAUCCGGACGCAGCCCAAGCAGUCGUCUCUGAUUGUAGAUGAUCUGAAGGGUCCUUUGAAAGAGGACUUGGCGCAGCACAAGUUUAUCUGCGAACAGUGUGGGAAGUGCAAGUGCGGUGAGUGCACGGCGCCGAGGGCCCUCCCUUCUUGCUUGGCCUGCAACCGGCAGUGCUUGUGCUCUGCCGAGAGCAUGGUGGAGUACAGCACCUGCAUGUGUUUGGUCAAAGGGAUCUUCUACCACUGUUCUAACGACGAUGAAGGGGACUCUUACGCGGAUAAUCCCUGCUCUUGUUCCCAGGCGCACUGCUGUUCUAGGUACCUGUGCAUGGGAGCGAUGUCCUUGUUUCUGCCUUGCUUGCUCUGCUACCCUCCUGCAAAAGGAUGCCUAAAACUCUGUCGAGGGUGUUACGACCGCAUCAAUCGUCCAGGUUGCCGAUGCAAGAACUCAAACACCGUGUAUUGUAAACUGGAGAGCUGCCCCUCCCGGGGUCAGGGCAAGCCCUCAUGAUUUUUGGAGGGAGGUUUACUUCCUCCAACUUCAGUUUUUCAGGUUGUAGCUGAUUUUUUUUUUUUUUUUUUUUUCCCCCCCUCUCCUUUCCACUGCCCUCCCUCCCCCUUUUUGGGGGGGCUGUUCUUUUGCUUUCCUUUCUGUCUCCCCAAGUUGAAAUACACAAGUUCUUCCCUUUGCAUCUUUGCUCUCCUCUUCCUAUUGACUUGGCUGAGUGUGGAGCGUUUUACGUAGUCAUUGCUGCUCUUUGGUAAGUGUGGACCUGGUAUCUGCAUCUGCCAUUCACUUUGGCAGGGUCUUUUGAGUUUGUAACUGAACCACUCCUGAAAGAGACAGUGAGGGCUCACUGGGCUUUUGAAGCUUCUUACUCUGUGAAUAUCUUCCCAAAGAUGUUUGUCGUUCUCAGCAAUUUAUUUUUAUUUUUUUCCCUUAACCCCCUGGGUACCAAGGAAGAAUAACUUUCAUGAGUGAGCUGGAUUGUGAAACAACUUCUUGUGUGUGCUCUUUCUGGAGAGGGAUGUAAAAUAAAGGCUUUACCAAAUGAAAGGCCUGACUCUUCUAUAAGCAGCCUGCUUUUUUUUGCCUUCCCCCUGCUUCCCCCAGCCUUUUUUUGUCUUAACUUCUGGAACAUUCUCAGUCCUGAGAAUUACCCUGACUCCUUUUUUUUUUUUUUUUUUUUUACACUAUGUAGAUCUUCACAUUGGAGACAUUAUGGCUGCAACAUGCUCAUUUGUUUCUUUUGCUGUCAGUUCUUUGAAGGAUAUUGCUCACUCCACCCUCCUACUCCUGUUUUUAUGGCCUGUCAGUAUCAGUUGAUAUUAAAGUUGGUGGUGUUCAUAUAGCCAAACAGCCUUCAGGUGUCAUUGAGUCACCUAAACGUUCUUGAAUCCUUAAAGUUUCUUGUGGUCCUUUGGUUUAGUGACUUUAGCUCUGCUCUGUACUUCAUAAUUUUAUUCUGUCCCUGUUUUAUUGCCUUAGCCACAAAUUGUGGUCUUUUUUGUAUAUUUUAUGUAUAAAACACAAAGUUGAAUCCCAACUAUUUUUAAGACAAAAGUCUGUUAAAACUUUUUUUAUUGUAAAGAAUAUUUAUUAUGUGAAUCUCUAUUAUUUUAUGAUAUUUAUUGCAAAAGACUUUGAAAAUGUACUCAUGUCUGAAUAUAACAAAAUAUCAAUACUUAACGAAAUAAGGAUGACACGAAGAAAGUACAUAUGUUAACUAUAAUGCAGAAAAUAUAUUAAUUAAUGAAAACGG